AUGUUAAACGAAGACGAAAAGUGUGCCAGCACCGAGGACGACUGGUUAAAGAGAAUACACGUUGAUCAGGACGGAUAUUACAGGCCAUUUCCCGAUGAACCUGUGACAUAUGGUGACGGAGGUUAUUGUAAUAUGAAGUUUCCCGUUUUGGUGUACAAUAACAUCUCACUCAGCGAGGGGCAUAUAGUAGAGGAGUCACGUGAAAGAUUGUUAAAUGUAUUUUAUAAAAUGAACGAAGAACGCAAGGAUUUUCAUGAAUAUCCGUCUCCAGUCGAAGACAUUAUUGAUCCUGAUCUGUUGGUUUGUAGGCCACCAAGUGUACCACCACCGCCAGACCAACCACUUAAUCCACUGUCUGAUGACACCGAUGAUUCAAGGUCGAGUAGUAGUGAAGAGCAGCAGCCUACCAUGCCCUUGCGCCUGACGUACCAAUGGAUACCCAGUGAAUUUCGAAUCUUUGAAGAUGGAAAAGUGCGCAUUGAAACACCGAUUAGUCAUCUACCAAUGACUGAAGAAAAUUCUCAGACGUAUCAAGAUUUGGAACAAGUAUUUCAAACGUUGGUGCCCAUGUUCGGUGAACUGGGUCUGGUUACAUCAAAAGGUGGAGCAAUGACAAGAUUACAAGUCGUUGUGAAAGUACAAAGUUAUAAUAUUCGACCAGGUAAAUUUUUUUAG